CGCGCCGCGCGUCUUCAGCCUCAGAGACACACGAGCGAGGAGCGACGAGCUUUUAAAGCACGGACAGUAUUUAACACUCGAGAAAAGGACGCGAGCAGCCUUUCAGAGGAAGUCACAAACUCGACUGAAGGUUGUUGAAGGAAAGCUCGAGGAAGAAGAGCCUGUGGGAGGGACUGAGAGAGAGAGAGAGAGAGAGAGACACAGAGAGAGAGAGACUGCUGCACCUCCGCUCUCUUCAGGAACAGAUCGAGUCUGAACGACGAUAUCGUGAGAGACCGCCGGCUUCUUUAGAGAAGAAGAGCCUGAUCAGAAGAGACUCCAGCGCUGGGAGAGCUCCUGGGACACGCAUGAUUGUUCUAAAGCUGGAAUGAAUCUGGACAUGGCCUCAUCUUUUCAUCUGCCGAGGAGCAGCAGCACCAGAGAAACACUGGAGAACUCGAGCAGCGACUCCUCAGACAAUGAGACAGCAGAAAAGGAGAGGUCUGUGGAGCAGAGAAGCGACGACGGAAACGCCGACGAGUCCAAGAAAAAGAAACAAAGACGACAGAGGACUCACUUCACGAGCCAGCAGCUUCAGGAGCUCGAGGCGACCUUCCAGAGGAACCGCUACCCGGACAUGAGCACCAGAGAGGAGAUCGCCGUCUGGACCAACCUCACCGAGGCCCGCGUCCGGGUCUGGUUCAAGAACCGAAGGGCGAAGUGGAGAAAGAGGGAGCGGAACCAGCAGAUGGACCUGUGCAAGAACAGCUACCUUCCUCAGUUCAGCGGCCUGAUGCAGCCCUACGAGGACGUGUACCCCGCCUACACCUACAACAACUGGACCAACAAGGGCCUGGGCCCGGCCCCGCUGUCCACCAAGAACUUCACCUUCUUCAACUCCAUGAGUCCCCUCACGUCCCAGUCCGUGUUCUCGGCCCCGACCUCCAUCUCCUCCAUGAGUAUGGCGUCCGGGAUGGGUCACUCGGCCGUGCCGGGCAUGCCGACCGCCGGCCUGAACAACAUCGGUAACCUGAACGGAAUCGGGAGCUCGGCGAUCAACCCGGCGAUGAGCUCGUCGACGUGUCCCUACGGGCGCCCCGGGUCCCCUUACAGCGUCUACAGGGACACUUGCAACUCCUUAAGACUGAAGUCCAAGCAGCACCCGUCUUUUGGAUAUAGCGCCCUGCAGAGCCCCGGGUCGAGUCUAAACGCGUGUCAGUACAACAGCUGACGAAUUAAACCGGAGCCCCGGAGAAACGACAGCCGUGCUGGAUUCGGUGCGACCGGCAUUUGUUUGUGGAAUAUGCGGAUCGUCUGCGUUUCCCUAAACCUGCACAGCGAUUUCAAUCCAUUACUUGGAUUCCAACGUUUUGAAGACAACUUAAACUCAUACAUUGUACAUAAAUAUAAACGUGGAGCGAGAGUCGGCGGCGACGCGGCGCGGGAAGGGCGCUCUGUCGGAGCGCGGCGUGUCGUGUCGUGUCGUGUCGCGUGAUUCGGGUCGUGUUCGUGCGUCGCGUUCUCUUGUAUUCAGUGUCGCGGAGCUUCUCGUCCCUUCUUUCCUUGUGUCCAUAGAUUUAACGCAUGCUUACUUCGAGUGAAAAACGUGUUUUGUAAAAACAAAAAUAUAUGAAUGUGUAGACUAAAUAACAAAGCUAUAACUUUAUGUUGUACCCCUGUUGAUUGAACUUGUGCUUGUUUCUGAUCAUGUUUGAAUAAACCUCGAAAGAAAGAAUUCCUAAGGACUGGAUAAAUCGGCGCGGGCUGAAAAAAAAACAAACUCGUUUCUAGUUUACACGAGCAGCAAGACGUCUUUCGAUCAUAUCCGACGGGUUUCUUCCCUGUUCGUCGAGAUUCAUUUCAAUGCUUGCUUUUUCUCUUUCCAUAAAUUUCACUUGACAUCGACGUGUGUCUAAACGCGCCCUCAAUCCUUCCGUUCUUAACGUUUCUUCGUUAUAAACGAUCCCCAAAGCACGCAAUUACACCCAAAUACACCUUUAGGA